AUGCGACCUUCUUUCGUGGCACACGAGUCGGUGACCGAGGGGACGCUUAAGCAGCACAUGGACACGCUCAAGACCCACCUGCGAAAGAUCAAUAGGGAGAGCCUCACGCGAGAGCAGUGGAUGCAGUAAGCAUGCCUCACCAGAGCCUGCAACACAAUACAAUCUAACGCGCCAUGUCAUCACUUGUGUGUGGGCAGGCUGCAGGAAGGUGUGCCGGCUGUCUAUCUGUCGCUGCUGCAUUACGUGGUGUUUGAGUGGUCGCCAUACGUGCCGGCCUACCUGCUCGACCAGGGCUAUGCCUUCAGGGCCGCGGCGGACCGCAAGUUCAUCGACAACAUAUACAAACUUCUCGUAAGCAAGCCAUCUCCCCCCACACACCACACCCUACGCCCAUAUAUCCACUCGUCAGCGAGCGUCUUUCUCUUCGGUCUGUCUGCAGCGAGAGGAGUUCCGUUAUGAGCCCGAUUUGCCCCUGUCCCUGUUCUUCAACACUGGGGCGCCCCUGAAGAAGCUCCAGCUGCUGUGCCGCACCAUCCAGCACAUCAUGGCCAAGCACCACGAGCUGCACAAGGCCUCACACGCCCGCCACACACACCACCACCACCGCCGCCCGAGGCCGCCAGCCCUCGGACAUACGCCGUCGUCGGCUCCCUCGACGAGCAGCAACGCAUCCAGGCGGGCAACGACGCCCACCCCGGCAGCAUCGUGUGGUGGUGGUGGUGGAAGUGGUCGAGUGGGCAGGAAGGGGGGCUCGGUGACCCCGGUGCAGAGGCGGGGAGGGGUGAAAGCGGGAAAUGGGGACGACAGUGUCAGGUGAGGACAUAUGUUAUGAAUGCCGUGACGGGUGCGAUUGAUAUGUGGUCUGUGUUGUGUGUACAUAUGUCUGUCUGGGUGUUGGUUGGUUGUAUGUGUCAGGGUGGUGAGGGGCAAACCGGUCGCUGCCGGGUGGGAAGGAGGGCGCAUCACGACACCAGGUGAGUGAGUCCGGUCCGCAAGAGAGAGGCACACCUACCACAUGCUAUGCACAGCAGAGGCCACAUGCCAUGCAAUACCUGUCUGUCUGUGUGCUUGUCAGAAGUGCUGCCUCCCACCCUCCCCCUUUCCCGCCCCGCUCCAUCCGUGCUGCCCAAUCGCCAUACCCACGCCCAUACCCACACCCAGGGCACACAGUGCUCAUCUCCCGCGCGAGCUCAAGCACACGUGGACGCCUCUCACCCACCGUCGCCAGCGCGGGCCUGUUUGCCAUCCAGCGAGCUCGAGGCCCUGUUCUUUGAAAUGAAAGAGGUACCUCCACCCCAGGCUGCACGGAAAUGGACGCAAACACCGUGGCAUUUAUUUCGUGUGUGGCUGCAGCGCGCGUGUGAGAUGGCGGUGUUGAAGCCCCGCGUAGAUGCGCUGGAGCAGCACGUGACGGUCAGGAUGGCUGAGAUGGAGAGGCGGCAUGAGGGCCGGGUGGUCUCACUCGAACACACCGUCGCCACCCUUGCAGAGAGGGUGGAGCAGCUGGAGGGCGAGCUGAGGCAGCAGCGCCGAGAUGGGGAUAGGUCGGGGGCAACAGAGGAGGGGGAGAGGAGUGGGGGGCGUAUGGAUGAGAUGAGUGACAUUCGGGACGUGGUCUCCCGGCAGGUCGAUAAGGUGAGAGGCUGGCUGACCCGCACGACGAUUUGCUGACUUGACACGACGGUUGCCUGGUAUAUGUUGGCUGGUUCAGGUGGCCAUGGAGUAUCGUCUGGUAGAGCAGCGGCUCAACAUCCUAGACCAAAAGGUGAGUAAGGUGCUGGUCAACACCACACCAAAACACAAAACUCACCCACUGCUCCUGAAUCAGGUGAUGUCCCUUGGCAACACCGCCUCGAUGCCUCCAGCCCACACCCACACCCCACAACACAGCCACACGAGCGGGCUCCAGGCCAACAGCCCUCUGCAGCCCUCAAGAGGGCACAGCGACACCCGCUUCGCCGCUGCCCCCCGGGCUACGGUGCACCAUCGGUCACCGACAGAGCCGCGGCUCCUGCCUGUGGGGACGGCAGACAGGGAGGGGUACGAGGGCCAAGACGAGGGCCCACGAAUGGCACAAGUGAGCGAGCACCACCACACUCAGGGCUGCACAUCUGGUGGAUCGAUGGUGUGCUUCCCCUGGUGUGUGGCAGCCGUAUGUGGACGUGUAUCGUCCGGUGAGCUGGCAAGCGUCGCCCCCGUACCCUCAGCAGCAGCGUUUUGUGGGCGGCGGCCAUGGCCUUGCUUCGCCGCCGUCGAGUGGCGAGAGACCCAUGCCGCUGCUAGCCACCAGAUUGAGGCAGUCGUCCCCUCCACAGGACGCUCGGCCACAGGACACGCAGUGUUCUAACUACCAGCCGACCGAUCCAUGGAUGGCCCAUGGCCCGCCGUAUGUUCCCUGUCAGCCGCAGCAGCAGCAGCAGCAGCAGUGAAUAGGGAGGGGAGGGACGGGGGUCGAUUGGGCAAACACUUUGAGAAGGAUAUGUGGGCUGGUUGGACAUGGAUGAACGACGAAUGUUGACUGAAUACAUACAAUGCAUGUACGAGGGCGAUUGAUUCAGAGAGAGGUGUGACUCACUCGACACACAUAAAG